AACCCUGAUAUAUCCAAACCAUUGAGAAAAGGAGAGGAGUGCGGAUAAGUAAACAAUUGUGGUGUGUGAGAAGUGAGAACGAAAGGGAAAAGAGCAGAUCAAGAAGUAAUACACGAAAGGUCAAAUUUCAUCUUCUGAUUAUAAAAAAUAAUAUGAUCAUCGACAAUGCAAUUCAACGAUCAUGAAAUUAUACUGCUUUCGAGGGCUCGAAUAGAUUGAUUUGAGAGGAACACAAUUCAUAAUUAAUUCAAUUCAAUGGGAAUUUUUUCAAGACAUAAUCGUCGGCCAUCUUUUCUCCCUCGUUACGUUGUCUUCUUUGCUUUUCUCUUCCUUGCUCUUCUCCUCUUCUUCGAGGUGGACAACUUAGUUUCUCAGACAAAAACAAUUGUUGGUCACAACUUAGAGCCAACGCCGUGGCAUGUAUUUCCUGCUAAAUCCUUCGAUGAAGAAUCCACUUAUUCAAAGGCUUCCACGAUCAUACAAUGCUCUUAUCUUACUUGCAGUAGCAAUAGUCAUGUCACGAAUAUUCCUCGAAGCACCAAACCUCAAUCUGAAUCCAACAAGUGCCCUGAUUUCUUCAAGAGCAUACGUUAUGAUCUCGAGCCAUGGGCCAAGUCUAGGAUUUCUAUAAACCAUGUAAUGGAAGCUCAGAAGAAUGCAGCAUUUAGAGUUGUAAUUGUUGGUGGAAAAUUAUUUGUAGAUUUUUACUAUGCUUGUGUGCAGAGUAGAGCUAUGUUCACAAUUUGGGGAAUAUUGCAGCUACUCAGGAAAUAUCCUGGAAAAGUACCAGACGUUGAUUUAAUGUUUGAUUGCAUGGAUAAGCCUAUCAUAAAUCGAACGGAGUAUUCUUCAAUGCCUUUGCCUCUGUUUCGAUAUUGUACCACACCGAACCAUUACGAUAUACCUUUUCCAGAUUGGUCUUUCUGGGGCUGGUCUGAAAUAAACAUAAGACCGUGGAAUGAAGAAUUUAAAAGCAUCAAAGAAGGUUCAAACUCUCGAAGUUGGACAAGCAAGAUACCGGUAGCCUACUGGAAAGGGAACCCAGACGUAGUUUCUCCUAUUCGCUUAGAGUUGCUUAAUUGCAACGACACUCAAAUGUGGAGAGCACAAAUUAUGCGGCAGAAUUGGACAGAAGAAGCAAAGGUCGGAUUCGAGAAGUCCAAACUAUCAAAACAAUGUAAUCAUAGGUACAAGAUUUAUGCAGAAGGAUAUGCAUGGUCAGUGAGCUUGAAGUAUAUUCUAGCAUGUGGUUCUCUUCCCCUGAUAAUCACCCCACAGUAUCAGGAUUUCUUUAGUCGCGGUCUGAUUCCGAAGAAAAAUUACUGGCCACUUCCUCCAUUUGAUUUAUGCUCUUCUAUAAAAGAUGCAGUUGAUUGGGGUAAUGCAAAUCCAUUAGAGGCUGAAGCGAUUGGAAAAGCAGGACAAGACUUCAUGGAGAGUUUGAGUAUCGAUCGUAUUUAUGAUUACAUGUAUCACUUGAUUUCAGAAUAUGCAAAGCUGCAGGAUUUUGUACCUGUUCCACCCUCUUCCGCUCUUGAACUAUGUAUCGAUUCUGUUCUUUGUUUUGCUGAUGACCAGCAAAAACAAUUCCUCAAAAAAUCCCUUGUGUUCCCUUCAAAUGAGAGUCCUUGCUCACUUCCCAGAUAGAAAUUCUAUGAGCAGUGACGAAUUCAGAAUUUAGACUCUGUUGAACCCGUUGUGUGUGUUUAGUCUAGAUUAGCGUAACUGCCUACCAGAGUUGCAUAGGAACGAGCAAGAAAAUGUAGAAGACGAAAUACACACAGUAUUUGGUUUGCCUUCACUGUUUGUACAAGAAAUUUUCUGUCAUACUUGAGAAUAAACCAAUGCAGAAGAAAGGGAUUUUACCUCAUUACACAUUCUAA